AUGAGCCGAUCUGGAUCGGGCAACUGCCCCUACCCCAUCGCCCCACAUCGCCAGCACCCCAAUCCCGUUGCCGGACUUCCCCACCGCCGCGACGCCCGCGUCGACCCCCUCCCCUGCGGCCACCAUCGCACCUUCGUCGGAUCUCCACCAACACCGCCGCCGCUCGCCGUCCCUGGAGCUGCCUCGAUGCCAUCUGCCUUGAUCCCCUUCGCCAGACUGCCUCCCCUACGUUGUCAUCCCCGUCGUCCUCCCCAUGCCCCACUGCCCCGUACCCUGCGAACCCCUGUGAGGCCCCCCUCCUUCUCCUCUUCCCCGCACCAUGCUGGUCGCUGUCGCCGCGGACACUGCGCCCCUCGUCCGCUCCUGUGCGCUCGCCCGCAUCCCCCCGCGCGCGCACUGCGGUCGGGCUGCGCCCUGGCCGCGCGCCGCUCCGUCCGGCCGUGCCCGUCGCCCCUCGUGCUGCACCCCUGGCCGACCUACCUGCGCAUGCUGCGACCCCGUGCGCCCAUCGCCCCGCGCCGACGCGCCUCGCUUGUGCCACUUGCUCGCCGCGCGCCGCGCCACUGCCCCGUUUCCCCCGCUGCACCGCGCCUCUGGCCAUCAUCCCGUCGUGCACAGCGCCGCGCCCCACCUCUGCUCCGCCUGCCGCUGCGGCCUCACCUGGCCGCCCGCAGGCCUUCGCCGCCUCCGCUGGCCGGCGUCGUGGGCGCCGGCGCCGCGCCGAUGGCCUCGCCGAGCUAG